UUCAAGUGGCCAGUCAAGGAACUGCAACUUUUUCGUCUUCGGGACAUUUUGGUGGUGUGCGUAGGCGCACCAUGGCCCAGAUGCUCCAGAUGGCGAUCCCUAACUUUGGCAACAAUGUUUUAGAAUGUUUAAAUGAGCAGCGGCUGCAGGGCCUCUACUGCGAUGUCUCCGUAGUGGUCAAAGGCCACACCUUCAAGGCCCAUCGAGCCGUGCUUGCUGCUAGCAGUUCUUACUUCCGGGACCUUUUCAGCAGCAGCACAAACAGUGGAACUACCAAUAGCAAUGAGAUGAGCCAUACUGUAGUAGAGCUUCCACCAGCUGUGCAGCCACAGAGCUUCCAGCAGAUCUUGGCCUUCUGCUACACAGGUCGUCUCAGCAUGACAGUGGGGGACCAGUUUCUUCUAAUGUACACUGCAGGUUUCCUGCAGAUCCAACAGAUCAUGGAAAAAGGCACUGAAUUCUUCCUUAAGGUCUCCUCCCCCAGCUGUGACUCCCAGGGUCUUCAUGCUGAGGAGACCCCUCUUUCCGAGCCCCAGAGCCCUGUAACACAGACCAGUACCAACACAGCCCGACCUGCUUCCUGUCUGACGCCACUCCCGUUGGUGUCACGCGUGAAGUCGGAACAGCCAGUUAGCCAGCCGGAAGUGGCUACACCAUAUUCGGUGGUCUGCGCCCCUGUUGCAAAGCGGCUGUGGGACGGUGGCAGCAGCCGAGAGGGGGGUGGAACGAGUUCAGGUGGAGGAGGGAGUGCUCGCAAGGCACCACGAUAUUCCCAGGAGGCAGUGCGAGGCAGUGCCAUUCAGAGCCCUGGAGCGCUAGGACUGGCCAUGGGUAUGGGUGCCACGGCAACCAGCCUGGCAAACAUGGUGACCGGUAGCGGGCUUAGUGGCAAUGGCAGUAGUAACGGGUGCUCUAUGGCAGGUCUUGGCAUGUCAGAGGGUGCUAGCCCUGGCACCCUGAGCACCUACGCUAGUGACUCACCUAUCAGCUACCAUGAUGACGAGGAAGAGGAGGAAGGGACAGAAGAAUGUACUGAAGAGCAGUACAGGCAGAUUUGCAACAUGUACACCAUGUACAGCAUGCUGAACAUGGGCGCUGCAGCUGCUGGUGAGCGUGUGGAGGCUUUGCCGGACCACACCGAGACACGGGGUCGGAUGAGAGGCCGAGAUCUUUCAUGUCUUCCUGCUGAGCUUGUCGCUCAGAUAGGCAACCGCUGUCAUCCCAAAUUGUACGAGGAAGGAGACCCUGCAGAGAAACUAGAGUUAGUCUCAGGCACUUCUGUGUAUAUAUCGCGAGCCCAGCUAAUGAAUUGCCAUGUAAGUGCAGGGACGAGACAUAAGGUGCUGCUCAGAAGGCUACUGGCUGCCUUCUUUGACAGGAAUACUUUGGCCAACAGCUGUGGAACAGGCAUUCGCUCAUCUACUAAUGACCCAAGCCGCAAACCUUUGGACAACAGAGUGCUUCACGCAGUCAAAUUUUAUUGCCAGAACUUUGCCACCAGCUUUAAAGAGAGUGAGAUGAAUGCCAUCGCAGCCGACAUGUGUACCAAUGCACGCCGCUGGUCCGUAAGAGCUGGAUCCCCCAAGCUGAAGCUGCUCAUGGCUGAGAAUGACACCUACUCUGCUUUUCUUCCUGAUGGUGUCAAGACAGAGGAUGAAACCCUGGGGGCGGAUCCAGGAUUUGACCCUGUCUCUUUAGAGGCCACUGGCAGUGCUGGCAUGGAGUCUGGAGGCUCUUCAGGUGAAUCGUUAUCGGGUGUGGGCGGGGAUGGUGGACCUUUGUUUUGAUCAUAACUGAAGAAGGGUGAAAAUCUGUGACGUAUACACAAGUAUUCUCUCUUUGAACCCUGCUGAUAUCUCACAUCUGACCACAUGCACCUCACAGUGGUUUCUGCCCUGUUGUAACCGGAACAUAAAAGUGGUCAUUAUGUGCUUUUCAGACUGUAAAUGGAUUUAAAGGAGAAAGGAAGGACAAAGUGAAAAGGUUUUUGUUUUGUUUCCCAAACUGCCCUCUGACUCCCCUUGUGUUUUUGAAGGUGUGUGAGCUCAUUCAAUUUCACAUAUUUAAAAUACAUUCCCUGAAGAACAGGUGGUGGUGCCAGAGAGGGUCUGAG